AUGGCCGCCACGGCGCAGUACCUGCCGCGCAGCGCCGCGCUGAUGCACCCCGACGGGGACCGGCUGCACCAGGGCACCACGUACCGCGAGGUGCAGAAGAUGAUGCACCACGAGUACCUGCAGGGGCUGGCCCCCGCCGCCGGGCACGCCGUCGGGCUGGCGCACCACCAGUGGCUGCCCAGCGCCGGCACGGACUGGGGCAGCGGCGGGGGCGGCGGGGGCGCGCACCUCCCGCCCGCCGAGCACGCCAAGGGCGGCCCGCCGGGGCCCCGCGAGGAGCUGUCCGCCGCCGCCUUCCACCACCGCCCGCACCUGGUGCAUCAGCCGCCGGCGGCGGGCGGCGCGGCGGGCGGCUGGGCGCAGGGCGGCGCGCACCACCUGCCGCCCAUGUCGCCGCCGUCGGGGCAGCCGCUGCUCUACGCGCAGCCCUACGCGGGCCUCAACGGGAUGCUGGGCCCGCCGGCGCCCGCGCUGCACCACGGGCUGCGCGACCCGCUGGGUGCCGAGGAGGCGGGCGCCCACGAGCUGGCGGCCUCGCCGCCGCCGCUGGGGCCGCCCGAGCCGUCGGACGAGGACGCGCCCAGCUCCGACGACCUGGAGCAGUUCGCCAAGCAGUUCAAGCAGCGGCGGAUCAAGCUGGGCUUCACGCAGGCCGACGUGGGGCUGGCGCUGGGCACCCUCUACGGGAACGUCUUCUCGCAGACGACCAUCUGCCGGUUCGAGGCGCUGCAGCUGAGCUUCAAGAACAUGUGCAAGCUGAAGCCGCUGCUCAACAAGUGGCUGGAGGAGACGGACUCCAGCACGGGCAGCCCCACCAACCUGGACAAGAUCGCGGCGCAGGGCCGGAAGCGCAAGAAGCGCACCUCCAUCGAGGUGGGCGUCAAGGGCGCCCUGGAGAACCACUUCCUCAAGUGCCCCAAGCCCUCGGCGCACGAGAUCACCUCCCUGGCGGACUCCCUGCAGCUGGAGAAGGAGGUGGUGCGGGUCUGGUUCUGCAACCGACGGCAGAAGGAGAAGCGCAUGACGCCGGCCGGGGUCCCGCACCCCCCUAUGGAGGACGUUUACGCACAGGCGGACACGUCGCCGCUGCACCACGCGCUGCCCGGCGCCGUGCAGUGA